AGGAGCAAAUGUGCGCGGCGACGGAGAGGGAGGGAGGAAAGCGAGUGCGCAAAUAGGCAGCCAGGCACAUCGGCAGCCGCGGCAGAGCAUCUUCCUGAUCCUGAUCUCCCGUGUCUUCAGCUGCCAAUUCUUCGUGUGCGUCUCUGAUUGAGAUUUCACUGCCGGGCUGAAGUGUCCAGAAGCCUCCGCCAACCAUCACCUCCCACUACACACUUUCUCCGGAGCUCGGUUAUUCUUAGCUCAGCUGUGAGAGACUGUCCUUCCGGUCCUUCUCUUAUUUAUCUCAGUUUCUUGAAUAUUUAAUGGAAAAUGGCGAUCUGCGCACAGUCGUACGGUGUCUUCUGCCUCUUGACAAUCCAAACUGUACUUAUCAUAUGCGUCUCCACGCCGACAGCCGGGACCCACCUCUUCCCACAGCACUACACAAUGAUUCACUGGGCUGGACGCAUUGAGAAGGAGCUGGAAAAGGUUCUGCAGCACGUCACCGGAGCUCAGCAGAUGAGAUCGGUCCAGCGUGAGGGUGUGGAUAUCUUUAAGAUUUAUAAUGAGAAGAAGAGCCAGUUUGAAAUCAAGCGAAACAACCCCAGGGAUUUGGUGGAGAGGGUGGCACGGGACAUCUCCAAGCUGCUCAACAGCAAGAGAAAAGCCCUGGAGAAACUGGCCAGAGAAGCAGAGCAGCUUCAGAAAGAACACGUCUGGCAAGAUGGUGUGACGGAGAAUGCCAUUUCAUACUACGAUUCCAAAGCGGAUUCAGACUAUACUGAGGACGGGGAAGAGGAGAAUCCACUGGAGACUUCAUCGUCUUUGGAACUGGAGUUUGUGGACGAUCCCAAUUUUAAAAACAAGGUCAACUACUCUUCGAGUGCAGUCCAGAUUCCUACAGACAUAUACAAAGGCUCCCCCGUCAUCCUUAAUGAAUUAAACUGGACCCAGGCACUGGAGAGGGUCUUCAUUGAAAACCGUAGGGAGGACAGCUCUCUCCGCUGGCAGGUGUUUGGGAGUGCCACGGGCAUGACACGAUACUACCCAGCAACUCCAUGGAGGGCACCCAACAAGAUUGACCUAUACGAUGUCCGCAGAAGACCAUGGUAUAUCCAAGGUGCAUCAUCUCCAAAGGACAUGGUCAUCAUUGUGGAUGUGAGUGGAAGUGUCAGCGGACUCACUCUGAAGCUCAUGAAGACCUCCGUAGUGGAGAUGCUAGACACUUUAUCAGAUGAUGACUAUGUGAAUGUGGCUAGUUUCAAUGAAAAGGCCGUUUUUGUAGUUGAUUGCUUCAGGACUUUGGUCCAGGCCAACGUUCGUAACAAGAAGAUCUUCAAGGAAGCCGUCAUGCGUAUGCAAGCUAAGGGGACCACAGAUUACAAAUCUGGCUUCACAUUCGCCUUUGAACAGCUUCUCAAUGAGAGCAAUGCCCCAAGGGCCAACUGCAAUAAGAUGAUAAUGAUGUUUACAGAUGGCGGGGAGGAUCGCGCACAGGAUAUCUUUGAGAAGUACAACUGGCCCAACAAAACAGUUCGUGUUUUCACUUUCUCUGUUGGCCAGCAUAACUACGAUGUCACCCCUUUGCAGUGGAUAGCAUGCGCCAACAAAGGUUACUACUUUGAAAUUCCAUCUAUUGGAGCCAUCAGAAUCAACACUCAGGAGUACCUGGAUGUCCUGGGCCGUCCGAUGGUACUCGCCGGGACUAAAGCCAAGCAGGUGCUGUGGACAAACGUCUACCAGGAUGCACUGGGUUUGGGCCUUGUCAUCACCGGCACAAUGCCGGUCUUCAACCUCACUGCUGAUACUGCAAGCUCUCAGAACCAGCUCAUCCUUGGAGUCAUGGGAGUAGACAUUGCAAUUAACGAAAUCAAAAAGAAGACACCUACAUACAGACUUGGAGCUAAUGGCUACACCUUUGCCAUCGAUCCAAAUGGUUAUGUACUGCUGCAUCCCAACCUUCGGCCUAAGAUCAUUAACUUCAGGGAGCCCGUCACUCUGGAUUUUUUGGAUGCAGAACUGCAAGACAGCAACAAAGAGGAGAUCCGCCGACAGAUGAUUGAUGGCAAAUCAGGGCAAAGGAAAAUCAAGACGCUCAUUAAAUCAGUUGAUGAGAGGUACAUUGACGAGGCCGUGCGGACGUACACGUGGACCCCUGUGGAGGGUACAGAUUACAGUCUAGGGUUGGUACUGCCUACAUAUAGUGAGAACCACAUCAAGGCCAAUCUAAGUGACCAGAUCCUCCAGGUGCAGUUGUCAUACACCAAGGAUUUUGAGUCACUGCUGCCAAACACUUUUGAGUCUGAAGGACAUGUAUUCAUUGCUCCCAGGGAGUACUGCAAUGAUCUGGAACUGUCCAACAACAACACUGAGUUCCUGCUCAACUUCAUUGCUCUAAUGGAGAAGGUGACACCAGACUCCAAACAAUGUGACAAUUUGCUCCUUCACAACCUCAUUCUGGACACGGGCAUCAUCAGACAGUUGGUCGAGAAAGUGUGGAAGAAUAAAGAUUUGAACACAUACGGCUUCCUGGCUGUGUUUGCUGCAACAGACGGAGGUAUAACAAGAGUGUUUCCAAACAAGGCUGCAGAAACCUGGGAGGAAGACCCUGAGCCGUUUAAUGCCACCUAUUACCGCCGCAGCCUCGACAACAAGGGUUACAUCUUCCGGGCGCCUUAUCGAACAGCCAGGGACGAGCAGCUGAACCCAGAAAAUGACACCGUAGGUAUUCUGGUCAGCACAGCUUUGGAGAUGACAAUAGGAGGGAAGACCAUCAAACCUGCAGUUGUCGGAGUGAAGCUAGACCUCGAAGCCUGGACGGAUAAGUUUAAGAUUCUUGCCAGCAACCAUACAGACAGCCGACAAGGCUCAAAUACGUGUGGACCAAACAGGGGCUGUGAAAUGGACUGUGAAGCCAACAGUGAUGAUCUGCUCUGUUAUUUAGUAGAUGACGGCGGAUUCCUAAUUAUGUCCAAUCAGAAGGACGACUGGAACAAGGUGGGCAUGUUCUUCAGUGAUGUUGACCCCUACUUGAUGUACGCGCUCUACAACAAUUCUUUCUACAACAGCAAACAAUCGUUUGAUUACCAGUCUGUUUGUGAACGGAUGCCCAACAGCGAAGCCGGAGCUGCACCCAGAGGAGUGUUCGUGCCCACUAUUGCAGAUUUUGCCAACCUGGCUUGGUGGACAUCAGCUGCUGCAUGGUCCUUAUUCCAACAGUUCAUAUAUGGACUGGCAUACCACAGCUGGUUCGUCACAGAUGAGGUGGAUGCCGAAGGAAUCGACUCUAAAGAGAGAAGCUGUGUAAUGAUCCAGACCCAGUACUUCUUUAGUAAUCUCAGCAGUUCCUACUACAUACUGCAGGACUGUGGCAACUGCUCCAGGCUGAUUCAUGCCAAGAGGAUAAACAACACCAACUUGCUGUUUGUGGUAGCAGAAAAGAUGCCAUGCAACACCUGCGAGAUAGAGAAGCUAUCCCAGGAGGAGAAGGAGUUCAAGGAGGAGGAUCCAUGUAAAGAAACGCCUGAGGCACGCUAUCGAAAAGGACCCUCCACCUGCUUCGACAGUAACAUCGCUGAGAACACGUCGGACUGCGGGCGAGGUCACUCCUUCCGCCCAUCCCUCUACACUUUGCUGCUCAUUCAGCUGCUUCUGCUUUAUCCAGCUGUCAGUCCUCACAUUCUCUCCCUACUACAUUAAUUUCAUUUUCCUGCACUUGUCCUCCUUUUCACCCUCCUUAGCUUCUGUCCCAUCCUAAGCCCCCCUCAUCCACCUCCUAGCCCCUUCGCCCUCCACCUUGGUAUAGUCAUAGGUAAUUAUGGGACUUCCCAUCAUGGUGAGUUGGAAGCCCUGAGCGCUGUGCUACCCAGCUUGCUUUGGUCUGUGUUGCUUUGUGAAAACAGAGAGACAUUUGCGUCCUCACCUUCAUCUGCAAGAUGAGCUACGGUGGUGCUGGACCACUUGGAUCAUCAGAGGCAAUGUCAGAAAAGAGAUAUCAAGCCACCCAACCACCCCGUCAAGCCUACAACCAUCCCAUCACCUUCUCCAUCCAGACAAGGGAGGGUGAAAAGGACAGGCCGAUCUCCUCGUCAAAGGCCUCCCACCACAGACUGGAGAACUGAGGUUGCGUGUCCACCUUCACCUCUGUCUGUCAGAGGGACAGCAGGACUCCUCCUCCUUCUCCUUUCCUCCAUCUCAGAGUCUCAUCGCUCUGUCAUUUGCCUCUUGUAAGAGGCUGUGGACCAUUCAGCCAGUAAUAGCCACCAUAGAAGAAAAAUAGCAGAAAAAUAAAAGAACUGUUAAGUAUACAAAAUGUCACGUAUAAACUGCUGAAGUGAUGAGUAUUCUAAACAUACAGUAUAUUUAGGUUUUAACAUGAAAAGGAAGUUAAGUGUAAAAAAGACAUGAAUUAGUUUAUGCGCUAUAUCUACUUGCCAAAAUGAGAUAUACUUUCGUGUGGUCUUAUUUUUAUAGCCAAAACACGAAGAGGAUAUGGAUUUAGAUUUAGGAUAAAGCUCGAGAGGAAGAGGAGACACUCGGCAGCUGAAUGCUGACUCAUAAUUACAGAUUAAUGCUUUUAAAAGACAUCCACUGGGGAUUAACGUAAUUACACGAUGGUAAUCUCAUUUUCUUGAAGUAUUUUUCCUCGUACUUACUAUUUGAGGUUAGUGCUAUCUGGCUUUUAUUGUAAAAUAUGAAUCAGUGUUCGGUUGCUGCAGGAACUUGUUGUGUAGUAUUCUCCUUUACGAUUAAUCGACCACGCUGACCUCGGGUUUGGACUGAUGUUUAAAGGGGGGAAAAAAAAUCUCUGCACCCUCUGAUGAAAAAGCUCACCUCUGCCACUCCUCAUGAGGCUUCUCCAACAACCUCGACUAACGUUCCUAACCGCGAUUUGUAUUCGUGCUUUACUUUUGUCACACACUCAAAUCUCCCCGCCAUAGUAGUUCCAGUUUUUUUGUCCCUUCCUUUCUUCCUCGUCUGUGCUUGGGUUGGGGGGGGUGCUAAUCAUUUUUCUUUUGGUGUGUGCUUGUAUUACCUUUGACUGAUGCUGUUCAAACUUCAAAACCAUUCGCUGCUGGGGGAUAGGGGCUUAUCAACAUUUCCAACAAAAGUGCAGAAGAGGCCACUAAAUAUGGUGAUCAUGUGCAGUAAGUAGUGUGGUUGUAAUCCAUCGCAGUUUGUCAUUUGAUCAUGUGUGAAAAGUCAUUUUAGACUCCCAUGUUUAGGAGCCGCUCUGUUUCAUAGUGCCUUGAUGCACUUUGUUUUGGAACGCAUCGGCUGUAUAAGAGUAGAGCUACUGUAUAGUACCUUUAUAAAGCAGCCGUCUUUGAGGCUUUGGACACUACAGGAGCCUAAGACUGAAUCUGUUGGCUAAAGAAAUAGCUUUACACAGAGCCAUCAAACUGACUGGCUCGGCUUAAUGUAUUUUCCCCUCUUGGCUGUUGUUGCUGUACUCCUCCAACGCCACCUGACUGUCAUCAUAUGGAGUUACUAUACCGUUCCUUUACAAAGCCAUGUAUAGAGCUACACUAUCAGUAUACAGCGACUUAACUGGCCAUAGAGCUUUUUCUGUGUUGUUUUCUUUUCCUUUCUUUUAGGGCCACCUGACUGCUAUAGUUCUGCCUGAAUCGUAUGUGUUUGUGUGUGGAUGUAUGCGCGUUAGUUUAAAAACCCUCAAAGGGAAUGUCUUUUUAAAUGAGUCGUGGAGCGCUCGGGGGAAGCAGUUGUGCUCGUGUAACUGUUUUUCCUCGGCGUGUUGCGACAGACAAAAAAAAACAAACAGUGUUGCUGUGGAGAAAAGGGGGGGAUUUUAUGAAAACAAAAGGAGAUCCAUGUUGACUGCUUAAAUAUUAAUAUACGGGGGCAGAGGAGGCAGAAAGAAUGUGUAGUUCAUCAGUGUUUUCUGUUUCAAAACCUCGCUAAAUGCCUUAGUGUUACACGUAUGGAGCUCCGAUACCCCCACAUAACCCUCUUUCUCACACACAAAUCGAUCCUGAAAUAUUUCACUCCCCUGGGCUUUUUUUUCUUGGUGUUAUGCAGUAAAUAUAGUGAGCUCUAAUUUUAUAUUUUUACGUCUCGGAAUGAUUAGUUAUCGAUCGAUGCCUGUUUGAUUAAAUGCUUGAAAGUGGGUGGAAGUUUUUAAAAUUAAAAAAAAAAAAAAAAAAGACAAAGAAAAAAAAGCCUCUGACCUUCGAUGUUCACAUCCCACCCAAGACUUGCCGUAGUAUUGCUCAGGUGGGAUGAUUCACUCGACAUUUUGAAGCUUAACUAGACACUCUGUACAGUCGUAGGUACUAUUUGAUGUGACAAAUGUUGCUGGCACAGUAACUGCAGCUCAGCUCUGGACAAAUCAGAGGAAAAACAAAAUUCAUACUGUUAAAGACAAUGAAAAUCAGAAUGAGCAUUUCCAAUGUGGCCCGUUACUAUCUGAUGCUGGAUGCAGUUUCACUUUUCUGCCAUCUGUUUGUCUCUGUCCUGUGCCACUAUUCUGUCUGUAUUUCUCUAUUUCCACUGUCUGUAAAUGAACGCUACACGUGCCUGUGGAAAUGUACCCCCUGCAACUUACUCUCCUUUUCCUGACUGUGUGCGCACACAAUCUCACUCCCAAACUGAAUACACUCUGUGCACCUGCAUUCAGACAUUAUGCACACACACGCACACACCUAUAAGCAACCAUGUAAUGACACUGACUCAUCCCCCCGCUGGGAGAUGUCAAACACCAGGAAGAAGUAAGCCAAGGACGUCACCUUCCAGGUGUUUUUAUUUUAUUUUAUUUAUUUUUUCGUGAGCGGACGGGAUGUCAGAGGCAAGCUCAGGGAGUGGGUCUCCACAGAGCAUCACGAGCCUGGUAAACAGAAGGUCGUGGGAGAGACAUCUAGUGACGUCUGUGUGUGCAUCCUGAUGGAAAAUAGCUUCCGAAGGGACACACACGUCUGAUUUCUGUGGUUUGACAAAUUUAAUUUUGCCAAAAAAAAA